CCCAGCUUGAGACCGGCGCAUCUCCUCUACUUGUGCCGCUAUGCGGACUCAACACAACCUGGAUACACCUUGAAGGUGGAUCUACACGUGCGGGCAAAAGUAUUCCUGUUGGAAAUAUAUUACUUAAUUUGCUAAUAGGCUGGCUAUUCAAGCUGAAAGUUAAGUUUCUCGUUACUUUUGAGCGAAAACGAGACAGGACCAUCAUGAGCAGAAAAACACGACGUUGGAUAUUUCACAUUUUCCUUUGUCUCGGAAUAAUCUACUUGAAAAUUGGGGGAUUCUCCACCGUAUUGGCGCUGGGAGCGAGCAUCAUAUGCAACAAGAUCCCAGGACUGGCGCCCAGGCAGCGGAUCAUCUGUCAGAGUCGGCCGGACGCGAUCAUCGUGAUCGGAGAGGGCGCACAGAUGGGCAUCAAUGAGUGCCAGUUUCAGUUCAAACACGGCCGCUGGAACUGCUCCGCGCUCGGCGAGAGGACCGUCUUCGGAAAAGAGUUGAAAGUGGGCAGUAAAGAGGCAGCUUUCACGUACGCCAUCAUCGCAGCAGGAGUGGCCCAUGCCAUUACAGCCGCCUGCACACAGGGAAACCUCAGCGACUGCAGCUGCGACAAGGAGAAGCAGGGAUUCUACGGCCAUGCCAACGGCUGGAAAUGGGGUGGCUGCUCGGCUGACAUCCACUAUGGCCUGGGUUUCUCCAAAGUUUUUAUGGAUGCUAGAGAGAUAAAACACAGUGCCAGGACGCUUAUGAAUCUGCAUAACAACGAAGUAGGAAGAAAGGUCCUAGAAAGGAAUAUGCGGCUGGAGUGUAAAUGUCAUGGUGUGUCUGGAUCAUGCACCACCAGAACCUGCUGGAUGACCCUCCCCAAGUUCCGUGAGCUCGGCUACAUCCUCAAAGACAAAUACAUCAAUGCUGUCCACGUGGAGCCAGUGAAAGCCACGCGCCACAAACGACCCACUUUUCUCAAGAUCAAAAAGCCCUACUCGUACCGCAAGCCCAUGGACACAGAUCUGGUGUAUAUCGAGAAAUCGCCCAACUACUGCGAAGCUGAUCCCGUGACCGGCAGCAUUGGGACUCAGGGGCGCGUUUGCAAUAAGACGCUGAUGCACCAUCCCAACGGCUGCGACCUCAUGUGCUGCGGCCGAGGAUACAACACGCAUCAGUAUUCACGUGUGUGGCAGUGCAAUUGCAAGUUUUUUUGGUGCUGUUAUGUCAAAUGCAACACUUGUAGCGAGAGGACAGAGGUGUACACGUGUAAAUGAGCAAUGACUGUUUGACCUUCUGCCUAGUUUUUGACAGGGUCUUUCGCCCUGAACUUAAAAGAUGACUCAAUCAGGUGGCAAUUGUUCUUUUGCACAAGACCUUACUUUAGACAUGCUUCCUUAACUUUAAUGGACGAUCAUCAAGAAUUCUGGAGAAAGAAUUCAUUGUGAGAAGGAACUGAAAAGUGUAAAUUGCUCUACUUCUGAUGCCACACAGUUUUACCUGUUUUCUUCAUUAAAUAUAGAGCGUGACUCGGGGCUGAAGGAUCCUGAAGCUAUCUGGAUUCAAAUAAGGCUCUCUUGUCUUCGACCUGCUGUAAGACUGAUAACAACUACCUGCACCUUGAUUUUACCAAUGGAGCUUAAUGGGACAUGGACAUCUUGCAGGCAUGCAAUGGAAAUUAUGGAACAAAUAUUCCAAUAGAGCACAACAGCAGGGUUCCAGAAGUAAAUCCUAUUCAUCUUCUCUGAUAAAGUAUGACCUUUCAAAACAGACAUACCAUGAGUGUUGAUGUUGUCAUGCAAAAUAUGCUUCUGUAGAAGCUACUAGUGAAAGUGAAUUAACUGCCAAAUUUUUGCCAAAAGACCUACACUUUAUUAUUGAAGCUAGUUUCCACCACUUUUUUUUUCUCACAAUUGCAAGUUGCAAUUUGCAAAUCUCACUAUUCUGACUUUUUUUCUCAGAAUUGCAAGAUAUAAGUCGCAAUUGCGAGUAAUAAAGUCAGAACUGUGUGAUAUUAAGGCGCAAUUGUGUUAUAAAGUCAGAAUAUAUAUAUAUAUACACACACACUUCAAAUUUGUGAUGUUGUGAUUCUUUUUGAUCUGGUUGGUUUGGUUCAUGAAUCUGAAUGCCUUUUUGAAGAAAAUGAAUGGGAAAACUACUUCUGGAACCAAGGUUGCUGAAAAUGUGGGCGAACAUUUUUAUGCUCUGUUGUUAAAUUCUUCCAAACUGAUUUUAUUUAUUUAUAAAAAAAAAAAAAGUUAAGAACUGUAAUUCAUGAGAAAUUGGAGGGGGGGGGGGGGGGGGAUUUCCUGUAUGCUGCUAGUCUGGAAUAAUCACAUUUGCUGUAAUAUUAAGAAACUACUGACCACAAGCUUUUUCGUAACUGGUAUAGUGAUAAAUCCAGACUGAAAAUAUCGGUAAGAGAGUAUAUUUUGUGAAAGACUAUUUUUAUAUGAAUGUUUUAUUUAUACUUUGUAAUUUCUGAAAAUUCAGUGCAUUCCAGUUGCAUUAUGUAGUCAUUUUAAUUUGUGGGUGACAAAGUUGGAAUGUGGAUGUUAAUUAUUAAAAUCAAACUUAGAUCUAAUCAUGCAAA